AUGAUUCAUGUACACAUUAGAGGAUGGAAGCACUGCCCUAGAAGGCAAAGCUGCCGUCCAACUCCAAAGCAGUCAUCCAACCCCAAAGCUGCUGUCCAACCCCAAGCUGCUGUCCAACCCCAAAGCUGCCGUCCACCCCCAAAGCUGCUGUCCAACCGCAAAGCUGCCAUCCACCCCCAAAGCUGCCAUCCAACCCCAAAGCUGCCGUCCAACUCCAAAGCUGCCGUCCAACUCCAAAGCAGUCAUCCAACCCCAAGCUGCUGUCCAACCCCAAAGGGGCCGUCCACCCCCAAAGCUGCCGUCCAACCCCAAAGCUGCCGUCCAACUCCAAAGCUGCUGUCCAACUCCAAAGCUGCCAUCCAACCCCAAGCUGCCGUCCAACCCCAAGCUGCCGUCCAACCCCAAAGCUGCCGUCCAACUCCAAAGCUGCCGUCCAACUCCAAAGCUGCUGUCCAACUCCAAAGCUGCCAUCCAACCCCAAGCUGCCGUCCAACCCCAAGCUGCCGUCCAACCCCAAAGCUGCCGUCCAACUCCAAAGCUGCCGUCCAACUCCAAAGCUGCUGUCCAACUCCAAAGCUGCCAUCCAACCCCAAGCUGCCGUCCAACCCCAAGCUGCCGUCCAACCCCAAAGCUGCCGUCCAACUCCAAAGCUGCCGUCCAACUCCAAAGCUGCUGUCCAACUCCAAAGCUGCCAUCCAACCCCAAGCUGCCGUCCAACCCCAAGCUGCCGUCCAACCCCAAAGCUGCCGUCCAACUCCAAAGCUGCCGUCCAACUCCAAAGCUGCUGUCCAACUCCAAAGCUGCCAUCCAACCCCAAGCUGCCGUCCAACCCCAAGCUGCCGUCCAACCCCAAAGCUGCCGUCCAACUCCAAAGCUGCCGUCCAACUCCAAAGCUGCUGUCCAACUCCAAAGCUGCCAUCCAACCCCAAGCUGCCGUCCAACCCCAAGCUGCCGUCCAACCCCAAAGCUGCCGUCCAACUCCAAAGCUGCCGUCCAACUCCAAAGCUGCUGUCCAACUCCAAAGCUGCCAUCCAACCCCAAGCUGCCGUCCAACCCCAAGCUGCCGUCCAACCCCAAAGCUGCCGUCCAACUCCAAAGCUGCCGUCCAACUCCAAAGCUGCUGUCCAACUCCAAAGCUGCCAUCCAAGCCCAAGCUGCCGUCCAACCCCAAGCUGCUGUCCAACCCCAAAGCUGCCGUCCAACUCCAAAGCUGCCGUCCAACCCCAAGCUGCCGUCCAACCCCAAAGCUGCUGUCCAACCCCAAAGCUGCCGUCCAACCCCAAAGCUGCUGUCCAACCCCAAAGCUGCCGUCCAACUCCAAAGCAGUCAUCCAACCCCAAAGCUGCUGUCCAACCCCAAGCUACUGUCCAACCCCAAAGCUGCCGUCCAACUCCAAAGCAGUCAUCCAACCCCAAAGCUGCUGUCCAACCCCAAGCUACUGUCCAACCCCAAAGCUGCCGUCCAACUCCAAAGCUGCCGUCCACCCCCAAAGCUGCUGUCCAACCCCAAGCUACUGUCCAACCCCAAAGCUGCCGUCCAACUCCAAAGCAGUCAUCCAACCCCAAAGCUGCUGUCCAACCCCAAGCUACUGUCCAACCCCAAAGCUGCCGUCCAACUCCAAAGCUGCCCUCCAACUCCAAAGCUGCCGUCCAACCCCAAAGCUGCCGUCCAACCCCAAGCUGCUGUCCAACCCCAAAGCUGCCGUCUAACCCUCGUGGUCACUCGUCCAACCCCCAAGCUGCCGUCCAACCCCAAAGCUGCCGUCCAACUCCAAAGCAGUCAUCCAACCCCAAAGCUGCCGUCCAACCCCAAGCUGCUGUCCAACCCCAAAGCUGCCGUCUAACCCUCGUGGUCACUCAGGUCUCUACAGUCUCAUUGCCGUGA